AUGAAAAACAAACAAACAACUAAGAUGAUAACGGCACGAACUCAUGGAAUCGUAUUAUUAUUUUUCAAUAAAACUGAAGAACAUUCAUGUGUAUCUCGCGUGCAAAAAUAGUAAUCGACGAAUUUGCCAAUCUAUCUGGUUGAGCGAUAUCGAUAUGUUAUAUGGAGGAGAUUUGGUAAAAAUUAUUUCAAUUUUUGAUCCAUUUUGAAAUAAAUUUUAACCAGUCUGUGCGAAUUGAUACGCAUGGGAGUGAUAACUGGUAUUUUGGCAAAAUUGCACAAGAUACACGGUUAACGAUUAUUAUUAAUAAUCAUUUGAAGAAAUUCUCUCUGAAAUGCUUUCAUACUAUUUGCGAAGAUGUGGUUCUGGACAAAUUUGUUUUUGGUCAAUCACAGAAAGCAAAUUUGUUGAUAAAUGGAACAGAAUUCAUAACCAUAUGCGCAUGA